UCUUUCUGUGUCUCUGUCUGCCGGCGUCCCCUCACCAUGCAGCCUUCCACCAUGGACCCCAGCACCACCAAGCUCAUCCAGCCUACUGUGGACCUCACCAUCACCCAGUUGAACCAGGAGUGUCUCCUCCACCUCCUCUCCUACUUGGAUAAAGACAGUUGUAGGUCUCUCUCCCUGACCUGCCAUCGGCUCAGACAGGUCUACCUGGACCCCAGGCUGUGGUCACUGCUUCUGUUCCGCUCCCCCUCUGAGCUGAGGAGAGAUAACUACGUGUUAGGACCGUCGCUGCGCUAUCUGGCUGUCACCUGGCACAGCUCCAGGGUCAAGGUAUGCAACGUAGAGGACUGGAUGAAGAAUCAGUUCCAGAAGGAUCUCUGUAGAAAACAUGAGAGUCUGGUCAGCAGCUUCCUGGAACGCGUCUGUACCGUGUGAGUAAUUACGUCUGUUUCUGUUUAUAUACACUACGGGUCAGUUUUAGAACACCGACUCAUUCAAGGGUUUUUCUUUAUUUUUACUAUUUUCUACAUUGUAUAAUAAUACUGAAGACAUAAAAACUAUGAAGUAACACAUAUGGAAUCAUGUAGUAACCAAAAAAGUGCUAAACAAAUCAAAAUAUAUUUUAUAUUUGAGAUUCUUCAAAUAGCCACCCCUUUGCCUUGAUGACAGCUUUGCACACUCUUGGCAUUCUCUCAACCAGCUUCAUGAGGUAGUCACCUGGAAUGCGUUUCAAUUAACUAGUGUGCCUUGUUAAUUUGUGGAAUUUCUUUCCUUCUUAAUGCGUUUGAGCCAAUCAGUUGUGUUGUGACAAGGUGGGGGGGUAUACAGAAGAUAGUCCUAUUUGGUAAAAGACCAAGUCCAUAUUAUGGCAAGAACAGCUCAAAUAAGCAAAGAGAAAUGACCGUCCAUCACUACUUUAAGACAUGAAGGUCAGUCAAUGUUCUCAGGAAUGGAAUACCCAGAGUUACCUCUGCUGCAGAGGAUAAGUUCAUUGGAGUUACCAGCCUCAGAAAUUGCAAGCCCAAAUAAAUGGCUUCACAGAGUUUCAAGUAACCGAGACCGCAUCUCAAACAUCAACUGGUCUAGAGAAGACUGUGUGAAUCAGGCUGAAAUCCAUUGUCAAAUUGCUUAAUGUUGGUCUCUAGUCCCAUCCUCCCUUCAGGUCUCGUUAGCUUAGUACCCAGCCUUAACCUUGGUCCGCAGUCCUUCCCUCCUCCAGGUCUUCGUUAGGCUUAGUACCAGCCUGUAACCUUGGUCUCUAGUCCUUCCUCCCUCCAGGUCUCGUUAGCUUAGUACCAGCCUUAACAUUGGUCUCUAUUCCUUCCCUCCUCGUUAGCUAGUCCGCCUUACCUUGUCUCUAGUCUUCACCCUCCAGUCUCGUAGCUUAACCAGCUAACCUUGGUCUCUAGUCCUUCCUCCCUCCAGGUCUCGUUAGUCCAGCCUUAACCUUGUCUCACCAGAGCCUUUCUUUAACUCUUAGUACAGCCUAACCUGUCUCUAGUCUUCCCUCCAGGUCUCGUUAGCUUAGUACCAGCCUUCCUUGGUCUCUAGUCCUGCUCCCUCGGUUCGUUAGCUUAGUACCAGCCUUAACCUUGGUCUCUAGUCCCUUCAACCCUCCAGGUCUCGUUCGCUUAGUCCAGCCUAACCUUGGUCUCUUAACCUUGGUCUCUAGUCCUUCACUCCCUCCAGGUGUUCUCGUUAGCUUAUAACCCAGCCUUGACCUUGGUCUUAGUCCUUCCUCCCUCCAGGUCCAGCCUUACCGGUAUUCUUUGGUUUCUCAAAAAUUGGCUUUUGAUGCUGCUUUUGGAAAAAUGCAAUUGAUGUUUCAGGAGCCGAAUUGACACCUUCUUUAUGGUUUUGGUAUUGUGAGUUAUUGAAGACCUUGUAUAGAGUUCAUCAGUUUCAUUUGAGUUCAAUGUUUCAAAGUUUCAAUGACUUCUCUGCCACUGUUUGGAGCCCAAUCGUACCGAUUGGUUCAUGUUGUAGAGUUUAUUGAGGCGGUUUCUUUUCAUGAGUAUUGCUGGUUUAAUUUCUCAGAAAACACAUUGAUCUGUCUGUGUCCAUGGCAGGAUGGCCAUUAAUCGACUACACUUGUCCAAGAGCUGAUAGUAUAAGUUAAACUCGACCUAAGAGUCCCUCUGAUUCUUACCAUUAAGCAUGUUACAGGCCUAAGGCUCGACAGAGAGCAUAAACUCCUCCUGUUUUUUGUUCAGGGACUGUUCUAUUAUUUUAUAAUAGGGCUACUGUACAAGGAGGGGUGUCCAAUAUGUGGUGGUUACCUACCCCAUCAGUGUAGUCAGGAUCAGAACCUGUUCUCGCGUGAAAUCUCAAAAGAAGAGCACUUUACCUCUGCCUGAAAUUGAUGGAUUUCUGAUGGAUUUGUCUUAAAAAACUGAUUCAUCAUAAUAUGAUGAAUAGAAGGAGGAGCAUUAAGCUGCACAUACGUGCAUGCGGAAAUUAUUAGGACCCUCGACUCUUUCCACAUUUUGUUACAUUACAGGCCUUGUUCUAAAAUGGAAUUAUUAAAUACAAACAAUUCCUCAGAAUCUACACACAAUACCAAAAUGACAAAGCGGAGCGGAAAACAGGUUUUAGAAAAUGGUUGCAAAUUGUUUAAAAAUAAAAAAAACCAGAAAUACCUUAUUACUGAUUAUUCAGACCCUGCUAUGAGACUCAAAUGAGCUCAGGUGCAUCCUGUUCCAUGAUCAUCCUUGAGAUGUUUCCACAAUUUCAUUGGAGUCCACCUGUGGUAAAUUCAACUGAUUGGACAUGAUUUGGAAAGGCACACAAACUGUCUAUAUAAGGUCCAGAGCAAAAACCAAGCCAUGAGGUCGAAGGAAUUGUCCAUAGUGCUCCGAGACAGGAUUGUGUUGAGGCACAGAUCUGGGGAAGGGUACCAAAACCUUUCUGCAGCAUUGAAGAUCCCCAAGAACACAGUGGCCUCCAUCAUUCUUAAAUGGAAGAAGUUUUGGAACCACCAAGACUCUUCCUAGAGCUGGCCGCCCGGCCAAACUGAGCAAUCAGGGGAGAAGGGCCUUGGUCAGGGGGGGACCAAGAACCCGACGGUCACUCUGACAGAGCUCCAGAGUUCCUCUGUGGAGAUGGGAGAACCUUCCAGAAGGACAACCAUCUCUACAGCACUCCACCAAUCAGGCCUUCAUGGUUAGAGUGGCCAGACGGAAGCCACUCCUCAGUAAAAGGCACCAUGACAGCCCGCUUGGAGUUUGCCAAAAGGCACCUAAAGACUCUCAGACCAUGAGAAACAAGAUUCUCUGGUCUGAUGAAACCAAGAUUGAACUCUUGGCCGAAUGCCAAGUGUCACGUCUGGAGGAAACCUGGCACCAUCCCUACAGUGAAGCAUGGUGGUGGCAGCAUCAUUGCUGUGGGGAUGUUUUUCAGUGGCAGGUACUGGGAGACUAGUCAGUGUCGAGGGAAAGAUUAACGAAGCAAAGUACAGAGAGAUCCUUGAUGAAAACCUGCUCCAGAGCGCUCAGGACCUCAGACUGGGGCGAAGGUUCACCUUCCAACAGGACAACGACCCUAAGCACACAGCCAAGACAAUGCAGGAGUGGCUUCGGAACAAGUCUCUGAAUGUCCUUGAGUGGCCCAGCCAGAGCCCGGACUUGAACCCGAUCGAACAUCUCUGGAGAGACCUGAAAAAUGCUGUGCAGCAACGCCCCCCAUCCAACCUGACAGAGCUUGAGAGGAUCUGCAUAGAAGAAUGGGAGAAACUCCCCAAAUACAGGUGUGCCAAGCUUGUAGCGUCAUACCCAAGAAGACUCAAUCGCUGUCUAAGGUGCUUCAACAAAGUACUGAAUAAAUGGUUUGAAUACUUACGUAAAUGUGAUAUUUCCGUUUUUUAUUUGUAAUAAAAAAUUUCUAAAAAACAGUUUUUACCUUGUCAUUAUGGGGGGUGUAGAUUGGUGAGAGGAAGAAAACAAUGAAUCCAUUUAGAUUAAGGCUUGUAACGAAAACAAAAUGUGGAAAAAGUCAAGGGGUCUGAAUACUUUCCGAAUGCACUGUCUGUAUACAUCACUGUCACAAUAGAUUGUACCUUUGUUAAGUUUUAGCCAAAUGUGGUUAGUACCUUUUUUCAUUUAAUUCAGCACUAAAAGUCCUGUUUAUGGCAAAUGAUGAUUCUACCUGAGUCCCAGCCCCGUUUAAAAUGUUUAUGUUUGAUUGAUGGUAGUCAACUUUCUCUAUAGCCUGAGGGACACUGAAUAGCAAUGUCUCCGCGACACCAUGUUUCCAGUAGGAUUAUGAUGUCCUGUCCCUUUACGUUUUUUUAAACAAAUUUGUUGUUUUAUAGCCAAAAUGUGAAGAGUACAGGCCCUGGAUAUUCCAAGAGCUGAUAGUUAAUGAUCUCAUUAUAAUAAGUGAUAUUCACUGGUUUGAGUAAAGCACAGUAUUUUAAAAAUAAAUAAAAUAGGAACAAAUAAAUAUAUAUAUACACUACCGUUCAAAAGUUUGGGGUCACUUCGAAAUGUCCUUGUUUUCGAAAGAAAAGAAAAAGCCGGUGACACUGUCUGUGAUUUAUUUAGAAUUCAAGGCACACUUAACCAGCAUGGCUACCACAGCAUUCUGCAGCGAUACGCCAUCCCAUCUGGUUUGCGCUUAGUGGGACUAUCAUUAGUUUUUCAACAGGACAAUGACCCAAAAUACACCUCCAGGCUGUGUAAGGGCUAUUUGACCAAGGAGAGUAAUGGAGUGCUUCAUCAGAUGACCUGGCCUCCAAAAUCACCUGACCUCAACCCAAUUGAGAUGGUUUGGGAUGAGUUGGACCGCAGAGUGAAGGAAAAGCAGCCAACAAGUGCUCAGCAAAUGUGGGAACUCCUUCAAGCCUGUUGGAAAAGCAUUCCAGGUGAAGCUGGUUGAGAGAAUGCCAAGAGUGUGCAAAGCUGUCAUCAAGGAAUAGGUUGGCUACUUCGAAGAAUCUAAAAUCUAAAAUAUAUUUUGAUUACUUUAACACUUAUUUGGUUACUACAUGAUUCCAUAUGUGUUCUUUCAUAGUUUUGAUGUCUUCACUAUUAUUCUACAAUGUAGAAAAUUGUCAAAAAUAAAAAAAAAACCUUGAAUGAGUAGGUGUGUACAAACUUUUGACUGGUAUUGUAUGUGUGUGAGAUUCUGGGCCUAUGCACUGGUGUAAACAUCUGUCCCUGUCCAGAGAGCCAGAACCUGCGGAGGCAACAGUAGUGACAGAUGACAGAUGGGAGAGAGGGGUGUGUGUCUGUGUCUUAGCUCACACACUCCUAUCUCUGACAGCUCCACCAAACAGUUGUUCCCCACCUCCCAAAAUAACCUCCAUUCCACAGCCUUAUAUGUCCAGCAGCAGCUGUGUUGUCCUCCAGCCCCCCACCCUGCUCUCAGCUCUCAGCCUGGCCUGAGAAGGCAUCAUAUAUCCAGGCAGGACAAUACAGUCGAUUGCUGCUGCCUUCAUUGUAGCCUGGUGGCAGCUGGUCGGUGGUAAACCUUGGGGUUCUGGAGGAUCAGCCGAGGCCUCUCUCUUUCUCUCUCUCUCUCUCUGUCCAUCGGAGCCAGUCUUUCUGUGUCUCUGUCUGCCUGGCGUCCCCUCACCAUGCAGCCUUCCACCAGCACCACCAAGCUCAUCCAGCCUACUGUGGACCUCACCAUCACCCAGUUGAACCAGGAGUGUCUCCUCCACCUCCUCUCCUACUUGGAUAAAGACAGUUGUAGGUCUCUCUCCCUGACCUGCCAUCGGCUCAGACAGGUCUACCUGGACCCCAGGCUGUGGUCACUGCUUCUGUUCCGCUCCCCCUCUGAGCUGAGGAGAGAUAACUACGUGUUAGGACCGUCGCUGCGCUAUCUGGCUGUCACCUGGCACAGCUCCAGGGUCAAGGUAUGCAACGUAGAGGACUGGAUGAAGAAUCAGUUCCAGAAGGAUCUCUGUAGAAAACAUGAGAGUCUGGUCAGCAGCUUCCUGGAACGCGUCUGUACCGUGUGAGUAAUUACGUCUGUUUCUGUUUAUAUACACUACGGGUCAGUUUUAGAACACCGCCUCAUUCAAGGGUUUUUCUUUAUUUUUACUAUUUUCUACAUUGUAUAAUAAUAGUGAAGACAUAAAAACUAUGAAGUAACACAUAUGGAAUCAUGUAGUAACCAAAAAAGUGCUAAACAAAUCAAAAUAUAUUUUAUAUUUGAGAUUCUUCAAAUAGCCACCCCUUUGCCUUGAUGACAGCUUUGCACACUCUUGGCAUUCUCUCAACCAGCUUCAUGAGGUAGUCACCUGGAAUGCGUUUCAAUUAACUAGUGUGCCUUGUUAAUUUGUGGAAUUUCUUUCCUUCUUAAUGCGUUUGAGCCAAUCAGUUGUGUUGUGACAAGGUGGGGGGGUAUACAGAAGAUAGUCCUAUUUGGUAAAAGACCAAGUCCAUAUUAUGGCAAGAACAGCUCAAAUAAGCAAAGAGAAAUGACCGUCCAUCACUACUUUAAGACAUGAAGGUCAGUCAAUGUUCUCAGGAAUGGAAUACCCAGAGUUACCUCUGCUGCAGAGGAUAAGUUCAUUGGAGUUACCAGCCUCAGAAAUUGCAGCCCAAAUAAAUGCUUCACAGAGUUCAAGUAACAGACACAUCUCAACAUCAACUGGCUAGAGAAGACUGUGUGAAUCAGGCUGUCAUUGUCACAUUGCUUAACCUUGGUCUCUAGUCCUUCCUCCCUUCAGGUCUCGUUAGCUUAGUACCAGCCUUAACCUUGGUCUCUAGUCCUUCCUCCCUCCAGGUCUUGUUAGCUUAGUACCAGCCUUAACCUUGGUCUCUAGUCCUUCCUCCCUCCAGGUCUCGUUAGCUUAGUACCAGCCUUAACCUUGGUCUCUAGUCCUUCCUCCCUCCAGGUCUUGUUAGCUUAGUACCAGCCUUAACCUUGGUCUCUAGUCCUUCCACCCUUCAGGUCUCUAUCUGAUUGCUACUGUAGAUCAUGUUAUGUAUGCUUUAUAACCACACAUACACUUUUCCUACUAGCACUAACUUUGCUGAUAACUUCUUUACUGAGGAAAAAAUGUACUUACUAUGACUGUGAUAUGUGGUUGUCUCUUAAGAUGAAUGCACUAACUGUAAGUCGCUCUGGAUAAGAGCGCCUGCUAAAUGACUAAAAUGUCAAAUGUUAAUUAUCCUUCCUUUCUCCAGGUGUCCUAACCUCCUGUCCCUGACCCUGUCUGGCUGCGGUCAUAUUUCAGACCAGGAAGUGAUCUGUGUUCUGCAGAGCUGCAGUCGGCUCCGCUCCCUCCGUCUGGAGAACUGUGUCCGGGUCACAGACCUCACCCUGCAGGCCCUGGUGCUUCACGGGGCCGGGCUCCACCAGGUCACAGUGGACUUCUGCCGUAACGUUACCCAGGCAGGGCUGGAGACGGUCAGGGAAAGACGGCCGGACAUUAGGCUGACCGCUGAGAGGAGCGCAGGGAUGAUACCAGAUAUUAAACCGGACAAGAGGACGCAGCAACCAGUCAGACGGAGGCUUCUGCAGAAG